AUGGCCCUCCCUAAACUCGCAGAGGAAUUAUACCUGUUGUUUGAACAGGAAAAGUACACCGAGUGCCAACAAUUGCUCACACCCGUCAAAAUCGAGUUGAUCAAACACAAUCUCCUUGUUCCUACCAGCGCCAACACUCAAACCAAUGACCAGCUAAACGACUUGAAAAUCGCCGAGCGGAUCUUGGAAAUUGGAGCAUUCUCGUCGCUCUUGACCCAUAACUACCUGAGUUUCGAAAAUUACUUUGCCUCGUUGAGACCAUUCUAUGCCACUGCCAAAUUGCAUGGUAAGAACGAAGUCAACUCCGACAGCACGAAGAUCAUAUCGUUAUAUUUGAUUUACUUGCUAACACAAGGUGAUAUCAGCAAGUUCCACAUCGAGUUGGAGUCCAUCUACCAUGCACCACAGUUCAACAUCGACAAAGACAAGUAUUUACAGUAUCCUAUUGACAUGGAGCGCAACUUGAUGGAGGGAAAUUACAUUAAGAUCUGGAAGUUGUUGCAGGCCGACUCCAACUUGCCGUGCAAGGAAUACCAACACUUCACGUCUACGUUGGUCAACACGUUGCGUGUGGAAAUUGCAAAGUCUAUUGAAAAGACCAAUGACUCCAUUCCCAUCUCCAACUGCAAGACCUUGUUGUACUUUCCUCAGGAGCAGUCCGAUCUGACGUUUGAGGAGGUAUUGAAGCAGGAGUUGGAGGUUGACGACUGGGUGUUCAGAGAUGGAGUGAUUUAUUUCAGCCAGCACAAGAGCCAGGACUCUUCGUUGGCUGACUCAUCCCAGAUCAUAACCAACGUGUUGAACUACGCAGAACAGAUCGAGUCCAUUGUCUAG